AUGCAGCCGCAGCAAACGAAGAAGGCAUUGUUCUCUGCACUCCCCCCCCCCGCGUCCAUGGUUCAGUCCGCAGAGGCCUUUCCGGAUUGGCUGAGUCCCAACUUUGAGCGGCAGGUACUUCGCCCAAUCCAUGCCGGCGCCGUUCGCGGUUCGGUUCGGCUGAGAGCCCAAUCGCCGUCGCGCGCUGCCUCCCCACGUGGGGGACGCCUCCCGCUCGCCGCCUUUCGGAGCCGAGGGGCGGGGUCGGAGGGCGGGCUUACUAGAAAGAGCCCUCGCCCAAUCAGCGCUCGAGUGCUCGACGGGUGCCUCGCCGCCUUUGAGCGGAAAGCGAGCCAAAGCGAGGGUAGGCGGGUGGGAAACGCUCCAAGAGAGAUGGACGGGGGCGGCUGGCCAAUGGGCGCCUAGAGGAAAGCAGGGAAGGCGCGACGUCGCGGAGAGCGGCCAAUGGGAGCUCGGCUCGGCGGAGCGCCCGUCCCCUUCCCCCGUCGCGGGCCGCCGAGCGUGGGCGGGGCGGAGGUGAGUGGCGGGCGGCGCGGCCAAUGGCGGGGGGGAGGCCUCGCGCGCGGCGUGUCUGAGGGAGAGCGAGGAGAAGAGCGAGCGCGGAGAAGCGAGGGCCGGAGGAGGCGACGGCGGCGGCGGCUGAGGAAGCGGCCGGGGCAGGCGGGCAGCGCGCGGAGAGCGGCCCUGCGGGGCCCACGCCAGGUACGGCGAGAGGGAGGGCGGGGGGAGGCUGCGCGGCGCCCCCUCAGGCUCGGGCCUUCGAGGAAGACCCUCCUCAGCCCCGGCGGAUCCCAGGGGUUCCCCUCCGACGGACGCGCACUAAGGGCCGGGGGAGUCCAGAGGUUGAGAGGGGGCUCCUUUCCAUUCUUCUCCUCCUCCUCUGGGCCCGGAGGGGCGACAUUACCCGCCCCCCCCCGCCCGUUGGCCAGCUGACCUGUCAAUCUUCACCUCACCCGUCCCCCCGACAAAAGCCCCCCCCGUCCUCUGCUGGGAUCUCGGGAAAGCGGGGGGGGGGCGCCUCUUGUCGCCCACCCGGAGGGGGCUCGGCUCGGCUGUGGCUUCAGGACUCAGGAGCCAAGGUCCCAUAGGAACCCCCCAUAUAACAUAGUUAAGGGGCGCCCCCCUCCCUAGGGUGUCGUGCAUUGCCAUUCGAAUGGUGCGCACGCGCGGCGUCUUGCGAUCGAUUAUGCGGGACAGGUGUCCCACCCACCCCCAGGAUUUUAUUCAAGUGGGGCCCCCCCUCCCCGCCAUUACUUCACCCACGCGCUUGGAUGCAGAGAAAGACCCAGGGAGCUGCUCUGCUCUGCCCACUAGGGAUGCUGUCCGUGGGGAGGGGGCGGUUCAGGUCUGGCCCUUCCUUCUGCCGGAUGGAGGGGACGCAGGGCUUGGACGCCCCCCAGCAGAUGGUGGUCAGGCUUGGAGGAGCCUUUUGGGUCAGGGUUCCCCUUGCUGGGCUUGCGCUUCCCAUCAGCUGAAUCCUCCCAUCUUGGAAUAUGCGAGCCAUAAGGAUAAGGUGGGAAUCUCUCCCCUCACCCCCACCCUCUUGUGUGUGAUGGCAGCUCUUUGGGCAUAUGAAAGCACGAGAAGUUGGACGGUAGUCCCAUACCCCCCCCCAAAAAAAAACAAUCUCCAGCCACUUCUCUUGUAAACAAUAACCACGGCAAAACUUUCUUUAAGCUGGCCUGGCUUUUGCUGACGGCAGGAAAGCGCCUGGCUGGGAAGGAGUUUUCUCUAGUGUUUUAUGUUGCUUCAUUGUGUCUCUUUAAGAUGUUGUAAUCGCCCCUUGCCACGAGGGUUGGGCUCCGAGGGUGGGGCAGGGGAGCCGACCAAAUAAACAGGUAUUGGCCGCUUCCCUGGGGCAGGGGAGACUCUGGCGGAGCCCAGGAGAGGUUGAUGCCAGAGACUGCCUGCUUCUGUCACUCCAGCCCCGUCAGCAUGAGCGAGGACAAAGAGAUGGGUCCCUGUCCCAAAUUGCUGAGGCUCAGCUGAACUUGGCUCUGGUGCCCCUUUGUUUGGGCAGAACUUGAGUUGAAAGUUCGGAGAAGCCUUGGCGUGGGAGUCUGGGGUGCUCUGCAGCAGGGCUGGCCUGUAGCCUCUCUUCCGCCAUAGGGCGGGUUGUUGCUGCUGCUGCUUGCCCUAGUUUGCGGGAGGGACGGCAGGCAGGCACACCCCAGGCCUUCUCCAAUGAGGGGGCCUCUCCUACCUGGCAGGUCAGGCGUUUUUUCUGCCUUGGGGUGCCUUGUCCAGUUUAUCCAACCCGACUUUCAGCACUCCAGUUCUGCUUCUAGCCAGCCACUUUGCAGAUUAAAUUGUUGCCUUUCCACCUGCAUUUUGCCUUCCCACCCCCCUCCAGCAGAGAAGAGGAGCUGGGGCUCUUGAACACUGAGUUUGCAAAGGGCACCCCACCCAAAGGGACUAGUGGUUGCGAUCUGCUCCUGAACCAUGGCCACACUUUCUCUUGUAGGCACAGAGGGAUAAUUUCAAGAGCCUUGGUGAAGUGAGACUCUUACAGUGGGGGCUGGUCCGCUAGGGGUAACUUUCCAGUCAGUGCUUGGCAGCGUAAGUGCUUCCUUGGCUGUGCUGCCCUUUAGGCAGAUUGUCAGUGAAUGAAGCUACAGCCCCUCCCCAGUUCCUUGCUCUGACACCUGAAAGCCACCUUGGUCCAUGCAAACCUGCCCCCUUGCUUACCUUGUUUUCUGGUUUUGCAAUAGAUAGUUCAGGUUACAUAGUCCCAAAGAUAAAGAGCACCAUGGGGGGGAGGGCGUUGUUGGGAUUUGGGUAUGUCAGUUUCUGAGUUUUCGUGCACAGAGCUCUUCCUUGGGCAUCAAUUAUCCUGUAUAAUGAAGAAACAUUCCUUUUCCUGUGGCAGCUAAACCUGGAGCAUUCUACCCAGCCUUUGUGAACUUUGGCAUGGGGGCAACCAUUCAGAGUGGAGUUCAGUGGGAUUACUUGGACUUUUCCUUCCAUAGCAAUUCUCUUUUUGAGACCUGGUGGUUGGGUCUGAAGUGUUUCUUUGGCCAUCUCCAUAUUGAAGCUUGGCAUGUUUAUGUGAGUCAUCCAUAGACCACUGUUUGCUUCUGCCUUCUGUGGGUUAGAGGUGGAUUUGUGGACUGGAGAGGAGUGAAAGACUAGGUCAGGAGGCCAGAUCUGCUGACCUUGGAAUCUCUCUCUCAGCUCUAGUUACAGGUAGGUAGCCGUGUUGGUCUGCCGUAGUUGAAACAAAACAAAACAAAUAAACAAAUUCCUUCCAGUAGCACCUUAGAGACCAACUAAGUUAGUUAUUGAUAUGAGCUUUCGUGUGCGUGCAUGCUUCUGAAGAAGAAAGCUUAUACCAAUAACUAACUUAGUGGGUCUUUGCGGAUCUGCCAUUCUUUCAGGGCAGGGGUGCAUUCCACUUCUCCUUGCUGCUGUUGGGUGCAGUUCUUUGCUUCUUCAUGAGAUGGGUGGAUUUGAUGGAAUCCAGGUUCUCGUUUCCUCUGAUAUCAUGCCCCUCUGGAAGCCAGCACAGAUCCUUUGUGAAUGAGGACUAUGGAAGAGCUGCAUGUCUGGAGUCAUCACUGUUCCCUGAGCUCUUGUGACUGGCAUGUGUUCCACAUGUUGGUGUUUGCCAGCAAGCCCCAGUCUGAGGGGUGGGGUAAGGUGCUGUGGCAUGAGCUGGGAGAGGCUUAGCCUCUGUUUUGGUGCCUGGCACCAGCUUGGAUGCUGCCGCUUCUGGGAGGGGAUACGCAUAUCCAAUUAGGAACCAGUGCUGGAAGUCCUUGCGCAGCCCGACACUUGCCAAGCCAGAAAAACUUGUACUUUGUUCAGCACGCGCCGAAGGGGCCGCUGAGCAAAGCAUGUGCGUCGGACAGGUUUGCAAGGGCAAGCCACAACAGUGUGGGAACACUGGCGGCUUCUGGGCCUGUCCAGAAAUAAGAGGUGGGGAAAGCAUUGAAAAUUCUGGGCUUCAGAAGUUCUAGAGUGAAGAUUAUUGGAAUAAGCAGUGCUCAUCUGACUAGCUUGUGUUAAUAUCCUUCAGUCACCCGUUUGGGUUUUGCAGAUUUGACAAGGGCCAGGAUAAACACUAUAUUUUUCUUAGAUCAGGGCCUAAUGAUGGAGUUUCUAGCCUUGAUGAAGUCUGAGUGGAGCAUUUAACUUACCUAGCUCUUGUCUGUUUCAAGUGGGACAGGUGUAUGAGACCUUUCUAGUCGUGCCUCUGAUGCAGUAGCAGGAGAUGGUUUUGCUCCCUAAUUAUUCUUUUGCGGCCUUCAUCAUGAAAUUUCACAGGAGAAUUUCGUGUUUUUUAGAUUUGCUUUUUAUUAGUCCAGCAAAACUUGUUUUUUAAGGGGAUGCUGUUUUUACAGAAAAAGUUACUGCAGCAAACUGAAUAAAUAAAAAAAUUGCAGCAAACUGAGCAGCUGCUGAGAUGCAAAGGGAUUUUAAAAUGAAGCAACUUUCGUGCCAGUAUACAGUAAUGUGACUGACAAUCUUUUGGUCAUCUGCUGUAUCAGACCUGUCAAAUAACCUUUUGCUUUGGGGCCACUUCUUGCUACAGUAACUUGUAAGUAUAUUCAAUUCAAUUGGAGAUUGCCUUCCAGAGAGCAUGUUUCAGGUCAUAGACUUAAUUUUCAGUAUAUUGUUAUAACUUGCCCUGGGACCUUAUGAUGAAGUUUGGGGAGGAAAUCAUGUAAACAUAUAUCUGUAUAAAUGUAUAUGUAGAUAUAUGAUGAGCAAGAGAAGAGGCGGCUGUUUGAGCCAGAGCAACAUAGCAGAGGCCAUUGAGUUGGUUCAGACGUCGCAAUAAACCAGGAUUAUGAUGACAGGAAGGGGUUGAGCAAGCCUUGGGAUUUGUGUGCUCCUUUUCCUCCUCUGGUGCAGGCACAAGGAGGAAAACAGAGCUCCGUUUUUUCAUUAAUCACAAUUGAGCAUUGUGUCCAAAUCCUUCACUCUGGUCAAUAUUAGCCAUGGUUUGUUUGAAACAAACUUCAAACCAUGGGUUGUGAAGUUCACUUGUUUCAAACAAUAGCUAAGUUUAAUUACAGUUUUCAGGUUUGGCUGCAACAUGAAAUUGCAGUUAAUUAAGAACAGAAGUAAAAGCUUUUUCUCAGCUGUGGUGGGGUGGGGUCAGAUGGGGGAGCAUGCAGUUUGUUACUGCCAUAAUAAACAAUGGUUUAUCCUAGGACUGGGGGAGCAUCUGUGCUUCUCCAGAUGCUGUUGAAUCACCACUCCCAUCAGUCCAAACCUGCAUGUCUGACGGUCAGGGGAGAUAUAUUCCAACCACAAAUUCCUCAUUCCUGAUUUAUCGUGAAGUCUGAAUAGAAUUGGGUCAAGGGGUUCAGAGUGGAGUAGUGGAUUGGGAGAUAUAAGCAGCAGUAGUCUGGCCAGGCCAGAGGGGUGGUGUCAGAGCCUAGCUGUACGUAGCCAUCAAGUGCAACCCAGGCAGGUGCACUAGGAAGUCUCUUGCUGCCUAGGCAAAGUCCCGACUUGAACAGGGAGCCAUUACAUCCCUUCCAGUUGGGGAAGGUCUGUGGUGAGGUGGUGGCGGUAGUCACUCCUGUUACCUGACCUGUUUCUAACCAGGGAGACACUCUAUGGAGAGUCUGUGGCUCUAGUGGCUCAUGGUGUGGGCAGCUCUGCACUGCCCUCUAGGAUCGCAGCAACUAAACAGGUAGAAAACGGGAAGAUGGGAUUCACGGAUGAGGAACGUAAGCAGAUUGGCAAGAGGAGAUGCUGCAAAGGGACAGGCCAGUGUGGCAGAAGGCCUUCCACCCUCCUUCCAUCUGCUUGCCCUUGGGGUGGGGAUCAGGGUUGGCACUGCUGCCUCUGCCAUCUGCCCUUAGUUUUUCUUCUAGUCAGAUGCUUCUCUGACUUUUAGGAGGCUUGGAGUGGCCGUGUUGGAGAAGUCUUGACCUACAACUUUGGUCAGCUUUGCCCAGUCUUUUCAGAUGCCUAUCUCUUUCCACCUCCAUGCCCCCCUUUAGCCCCAUUGUUCUACAUAGCUGACAAGGAGUGGCUCAAGGCCAGAGGAGGCUGUGCUGAUUCACAGUGGCGAAUGCAGUCAUGCCCCACAGCUGUAGUCCAAGCAGCUGGUGCUCCCAGUGAUGUGCCACAGCUUCUAAGAGGGGAAUGCAGGAAAGCUGCUGGUUCUGUGCAUGGCCGCACAUCUUGCUGACCACGGACGUGGAACUAUCUGGAGCCUCCCCUCAAUCCCUGGGGAAUUGGACCAGUGGGCAUGAAUCUAAUCCCAAUGAACUCUUCCCCAUUCCAUGAGAUGUUGGAAAUAUUCUUGGUCUUUUGCAUCCUUCCCUGGACUUCCUUGCUGGGCUGUGGUGAUCUGGCACUGUCCAAACAUUUGCCAUUUUGGACUUUGUGCAAGCAGAGCAUUAGAGCUUUUUGAGGGGUGGGGUAGAGCUCUGUUCAUAGUAAUGAGCCCUCUUUCGUUCUAGCCCUUUGUGGGGAGGAAGAAGGCCAUAUUUAGUCGGUCUCUUAUUUGAUCCUAUAAGUGUAAAAUUGGGUUGGUCCAAUACUGCAGGAGAACUUUGGUUAUACACUUGAAGACUGCCUUUCCUACUUUCCCCCUCGGUCUCUUAAGAUGAGUAGCAAAAUGGGGCAGUGUCAUUUGCUGGGCUUCUUAAAGGAAGGGUGGGCUAGCACUGUAAUUGAGAAAAUGAUGCCAUUGCCUGUUGCUUCUGUGUGCCAAGAUCAAACGGCAAAGAAGAAGGAAUUCAUCCCCACAUCAGUCAAGCUCUCUCUCUCACCUCCCCCCCCCCCCAGACUGUCAGAAGAGCGAUCACUUCAAAAGAACUGCAGUAUCACUUUUGCUUAGGCCCGGUUUCAUGACCACUCUUCCACAUGGAGUUACCUGGUGUCAGAUUAUAGUUCGUUUGGUUUAUCAAACUGCCCCAGGCCCCACCUUUUCUGUGAAGCCUCUAGCAGAUUUUCUGCAUCCUUGAGCUUCCUCUCCUUGGGGUGUGAGCACAUUGCUGGCUGGGGCUGAUGGGAGUCGCAGUCCAAGAUGGUGGGAGAAGGCUGCCCCAGAGAGUGAUUUGAUUCAGCAUGCUAAUUUUACUUGUUUUUGGUGAAAAAAGCUAAAAACCUUCCUAAUGUUGCAUUUGCAAUUGGCGUCUGUCCAAUGACCAUGCUGAUGACCUGAUGAUGUGCAUCCUGCCCCACUAAAUAAACAAAUAAACCAGGGGGAAUCUUCCACCCCAACUUACGUCUGGUUGCAUCUCCUCCACAUGCUGUUUCUCCAUUGUGGAAACUUUCAAGCUCUCUCCAGCCGGUCCACUGGUGUCUGUGGACUUCUUGAUUUGGUCACCACUGGUGCCUCAGUUCUGUGAGGUUUGAUCAUGCUGUGCAUGUGCACUUUUUAUUGAAACAAAAUGUAGCCACCAAAUAGAAGUAAGCUUGGUGGUCCUUGUAGGCGUCCGUGUUCGUUGAAGCGGAUGGCUAUUUUGCCCCGUUCUGCUUCUCCAGAGUAUAGAGGCAGGUGGGAGACUGUUGUGAGUGCCGGGUUGGCUGGCCUGUCAGUUGAGCUCCCUUACCUUCUCCAUUGGGGGCAGGUCUUGGGCGCCUCUGCUUGGUGCGUAGCCCCCCACCCCCAACUGAGCCUGUUCUUUUGCAUGUCCCCAGGACUCGCUCCCUGCCUCUUCUUCAGGUUUCACAGGAAAACAUGUAUCAACACGGCUGGAUAUUGUUACGGGAACAUCCCGGCGAGCAGCUGCCUCUUCCUUGGCUGAACUCUGCAAAUUCUCUCUCCCAGGCCGAGGAAAGUGAUGGAGGCAGCCGGUGCAUUCCAGCCACCUGGCCCUGUUGCUCCUGGGCAUGGGGGGGGGGCUACCAGCAUGCAGAGCCUAUUCUCUCGCAGCAUUGUGUGGUGCUCCUCAAAGCCCUGGUUCUGGGAAUCGUGGGCGGAGGGGAGGCUCGACACCUAUUCCAAGGCAGUCGGAUUGGGAAGUAGUAGCUGAAAUGGUCUGGCUUGAUACAAGCUCUUCUUCACUUUCUCCUGCUUUCCCACGUUAGUACAUGUAAAUAUUGAGCCUGUUAUCAGUGGCUGGUGACUUCCUGCAUUUAGCUGUCGUAUAGCAAGCCUCAUAGCUUAGUGUUGACAACACUGAAUGCCAGCAGCUCUCCAGGGUUUUAGGCCAGGGUCUCUCCUGAGACACAGGGGAUUGAAUUUCGGCCCUUCUGCAUGCCAAGCAGAUGCUCUGCCAAUAAGCUGCUCCUCUUUUCUAAAAGCACGGUUCCCUUUCCCCCUGGCUGAAUCUGCUAUUUGUUUAUACUCUCCAUAGGAAGAGGCUUCACGGACUGCUCUCUCAGGCCUGCCUUGGCCACUUCCUAGACAUCUCUCUGUUUGGCUUGCUUGCCAUCUGCUUCUUUUCCUCCUGAGGUGACCUCUUCGCGUGUCUGCCGGGGGGGGGGGCACCCACGUAAGCUCCUGCCACAACAGAUUUGUUAAUCUUUAAGCAGUCACAGGGCUUGGUGUUUUCUUGCCACAAGGGAGUGACGCUGCUUCCCCUCUGGAACUUGUUCCCCAUUCUGUGUGGUGCUCUGAAUGCAGAGGUGUGCUUGGCCUCACAAGGACCAGAGUGAUCCCUUAAACUGGGGGGAGGACCCAGCGGCCAUCAAGAUGGUGUUGGACUACAACUCCCAUCAUCCCUGAUGUUUAGUCAUGCUGGCUGAAGCUGAUGGGAACUGGAGUCCAAUAGCAUAUAGAGCGUGUCAGGAUCUCCUUGCCUCUAUUAAAUAUGCUGCAAGUGACCAGGUCAGCCCCAGGACUUUGACCCUGUGAACAUCUGCCUGCCCCAUUGACCUCCUGCUUGUAUUGGUAGUAUUGCCUCUGUGGGGGCUGGAUCAAACCUUCUGUCAGGAAUGCUGUGUAGUUGCUCCGUCUGGGUCUCUCGGUUGGGUUGCUGUUGAUCUUUAUUAUUUUUCUGCUGGCUGCACAGCAGCACGGCCAGUCCUAGAAUGUGGUCUGCCUGUGAAUCUCCAUAAGAGAGCUCCCUGUGUCUUCUGUCUCUAAGCUAAACUAUGGAACUUGCUCCCAGCUUGGAUGGCUUUAAAACUUAAGUUAGACAAAAUCAUGGAGGAGAGGGCUAUUGGUGGUUCCUAGCCAGGAUGGCUCUGCUGUGCCUCCAUGCUUGGGGGUUGCAAUGCUUCUGAAUCCCAGUUGCUGGAAACUGCAGGAGGGGAGAGUUGCUCUUGUGCUCAAAUCCUGCUUUUGGGUUUCCCAUAACUGGCAUCUUGGUUGGCCACUGUGAGAACAGGAUGCUGGACUAGAUGGGCCCUAAGCCUGAUCCAGCAGGCUCUCCUUACGUUCUUAAGAGAAUCAGGAGAGCUGGGUUGCUGAUCAGGCCCAGGGCCCCCACAGCCAACAUCCUGUUUUCAUAGUGGCCAUCCAGAUGCUUCUCCUGAGAAGCCCUCAGGCAGGAUCUGACCAGAGCAGCCCUCUCGCCUCCUGUGGUUUCUGCAACUGGUCUUCAGGGGCCUACUGCCUUCACCAGUCGAGGUAGAGCAGAGCCUUCAUGGCUUCUUGCCAUAACCUCUCUCCCCUCCAUACUGUCCUGGUUCUUGAGAGAAUCCUUUGCAUUGUGAAAGGCCUCAAACAUUGCAAAGCAGAGAAGCAGAUGUGUUGUGCUUCAUUAGGCGUGCCUGUCAUUCUUUACCCAGUCCCUUGGGAGGGUCACUAAUGUCUGUGGCUUCUUUUUUUGUACUUAUCCUUUUAAGUAGCGUGGAUGAGAUUUCUUCCUUUUAUAUAUUCUUUUGAAUGAGUCUUUCAGGUCUUUUUUAUUACUCUUUUUGUAGCUGGGUUUAGCCCUUAUUCCUAUUUUUUUACAUAUGUCAUUUUGGGACAUCUUGCAUAACUAGUAUGUUUAUUUAUAUGUUGCUAUCAAUGUUCAUGGUUGUUUACUGAGUCAAUAGACACAGAUGAGUCCCUGCUCAGGAGUAUACAGUCCACUGUAGCAUUGCAAGGGCUUAGGCAGUGGGUCACCCCUGUUCCUCAGUGAAGCAUACAGAAGAGCAAGUUCUGCUCUUUGAGUCAUACCGACCUGCCAAGAGGGUUGUAGGUGAGAGGAGUAAGAAUUUUGAAGUGCACGCAGCCUGAGAAGUACUAGGAGAGUUCAAGCCAGAUCCUGACUUUACAUCUAGUCUGUCCCAGAAACUGAACCCAAGUGGAUGUAGAGGGUGGAAGACUUGGUUGCUCUUGGAAGCUGGUAUGACUGCACCCAAAUGAGGUCCCAGACCAUUCCCCUUGAUUUUUCUUUCAUGUAGGAAGAGUAUAUCUGUCAUUUGCUCCUCUGGGGAAACUAACGGGCUAGUUGGGGGCACUGCCUGCCCUCCCCCCCUGCAACAGGAAAGGCUGGCCUCCCAAGAAACUCUGCAUGCCUUGGUGUGUUUAGAGGAACCUCAUAAAUGUCCUUGCAAUAUAUAAAUGAUUCUCUGCACACAUCCCGAGCUUCCUAUUAAUGGGCAUAUUGUUGAUUAAUUAUGACUUGCAAAUUGCAGGGUUUAGUGGGCUGUGCCCUACACUUCAAGGGCAUAAAUAGGGAUUGUUAUUUUUUGUCCUGCUUUGCCAGUGACAUAACUGCAACCCACCAUGACCUACUCUGAUCAUGGUCUACCCCAUUGAUGAACUAGGAACAGGAAGUUUCCUGUGGCAGGCAAGAUUUAAGUGUGUGUUCAUUUGUGUGUGCUGUCUUCUAGGUCACCAAUAACUAAGUGAGGUAAGCAGGGCCAGGUCAGAGUCCCCCUGCAAGACUGCUUAAAUAGAAUUUUAAAAAGCGAAAAUUACCCUUCCUUUCUUUUGACCUGCGUGUGUCUUCCUGCUGCUUCUCCAGAGUAGAUGGCUGCGACCACAGGUGGUGCUCUGUUUCUUUGUGACAAAAAUUGAUUGUCUAUCAACAAUACUCGUCUUUAGGCACUCAUCUGUUUCGGGAAUAAGUCCUGAGUGUGUAUCCUAUUAUUAAAGAAGCAUUUUGCUUGGAGGCGAGAGGAGUGUCUUUUCCAAUGAGAUAUGCGUAGUCCUUUGGUGAUUUAGUUGCCUUUCCUUGGUUCCCAGACUCUCAGUUGGGAGUCGUGGCAACCUGUUUGUCAGGCACAGUAGUGAUGGUAGACUUCUUUAUCUUGGGGAAGUUACAUGACGUUGGUAGUGGCAGAAUACAGCAGGAAGUUUCCAGCAUCACAUAACAUGGAGCAGAAGCCAAGAGGCAUCCUCAGCACUGCAUGUGAGCAGGCUAGGAUCCAGUGCAAGUGGCUUGGGUGUUAGCAUCUCAGAGGCUAAUAUUGCUCUGUGUGUCUUGCAAGAGUGUUGCAUUCCAGAGCAAAGGGGAAAGGGGGUGUGACCGGGCCUGUUGAAGCCUCUGUUGUGUUUAUUGGUUUAUAUAAAUCAGAUUUACAUCAUGCGCUUCAUCCCAAAGGAGUCUUGAGUGGGAAACACAUCUGAAAUAAAUAAAUAAAAAUAUUUAAAAUUUCUUAACAGGAGUGAAACACAGCAAAACAUGAAGCCAGUCAUGUGUGUCUUCGUAGGCUUGCCUAUCCAAAAGUUUUCAGCAGCCAUAUAAAAUAAUAAAACAAUGGCCAAUAGGCAGGGGCUUCCAAAGUACAGGUACUGCCCCACUAAAGGCAUAAAACUCCUGACAGACACAGAAUGAAUGUUGCCUGGCACUUGUUCUGUGGAUCAGUUGAGUCAGCAUGAAUGGGCUAAGGUGAUCCCUUAAGUCAACUGUUCCCAAGCAGUUCUGUGUACUAUGGGCACUGGGAACACCUUGAACUCAACCCAAUGGCAGACUGGUAGCCGACACAGAUCUUCAAAUGUGGGCAUAGUAUGCUGGCAGACGUUCAGUCUUGAAAGCAAUUGUUUUGCAGCAUUCUGCACUAACUGCAGUUUUCAGACCAAGCACAAGGGAAGCCCCAAGCCAUGCCCCUUCAUCUGUGAGUGGACUGUGGUCACUUUCCGCAAGCCAAUAAGGCUGCAAGCCAGUAAGGCAGGUCAGCAUUAUCCAGAGCAGGAGAAAACAAGCUUGCUCGAUCUUCCAUGUGGCAGCCAUUUAGUUCAGAGGUUUCCAACCUUUUUGAGCCCACGGCUCCCUUGAGUUCUGUGGCUCUGCUGUGGGGCUCAGGAGCCCAGUUAGGUCACCCCUUGCCUGCAAAGCUGGCAGCCUCUCACCCUUUUUUGAACACCUUCCUUUGCGGAGUGUGCCCUCCUCUCCUCUCCCCUCUCCUUGGGAGAUUCCCUGGGCAGCCGCUGCUGCUGUCCCUGGUCUCUGAGCUGCCCCCCACCCUGCCCCAAAGAGAGGUGCUUCUCACAGGCACCAUUCAUCUGCAGAGCUUAUAGCCAGGGCUGCUGCAGUAAAUGUCUGUGCAAGCCUUUGGGAGGCAGAGAUGCAAGAGGGCACCAGAGGAGGGAGGGAAGGAAAGAGGGACAGAGGCCAGUGUUGCCCGUGGCACCCCUGACCAGCAUUCAAGGCACCCCAGGGGGCCACAGCACACUGGUUGAAAACCACUGCUUUAGAUAUUUGAAGAUAGCUAUCCUAUCUCCUCUGUCUCUCCUUUACCAGGCUAAACAUACCCAAUUCCAUCAACUUUUCUUCAUAUGAUUUGGUCUCCAGACCCUUGAUCAUCCUGGUUGCCUUCCUCUGUACAUAUUUCAGUCAUUCAAUAGCCUUAAAUUGUGGUGCCCAGAACUGGACACAGGACUUCAGGUGUGGUCUGACCAGGGCAGAAUAGAGCCGGAUUAUGACUUCCCUUGUUUGAGACACUAGACUUCGGUUGAUGCAGCCUAGUAUAGCGUUCACUUUUUUUGCUGCUGCAUCACACAGUUGAAAGGGGGCAGUGCUGCUAAAUCCAAGUGAUUAGAAAAACACCGCUGAGUUGGCAGUUCUAUCAAAACCACAAUACCUUGGCAGCUUGGUUCAAGUAGUGCUUUCUGUACUCCUCCCCCACCCUAAUUAUUUCUGUAGGGGAAGUCUGAAUGAACUCCGCUGCUCAAUCCAUACCUUCUCACAAGUGUGUCUCUCAUUGGGUUGAUCUUUUAGUCAACUGGAAACCAUAGCUGUGUUGGGAUGGUGACAAUUUUGUUAAGAAGAGCAUUUAAAACAUUCGCAUUGUAUUUAACAGCAUUCUUGUUGGAAACAUUAAAAAAAUACAAUAAACAUAGCAAACAUUUAAAAAAUGCCUCCUAACAAAAAAACCCCACCUACAUAUGAACAUGGAGGGCAAUCUUUUGUGAAGUCAUAUUUUCCUCCCUCAAUAUUUAUCAAGGGAAAGGAACUCCUGACUGUCAAUAUAACAUGAACAAUAAUAUAUUACUGCUAUUGACUGCAGCAGCAGGGAAAAUACUCCAAAUCUAUUGAUAGGUUUUGCUGAAACUUCACUGAUGUUUUCCAACAAGAAGCGAACUUCUUUUCAGUUUGAGGGUUUGUAGUUUUUCAUGGAAAAGACUGAUGCAAAGAACUUCCAGAGAUUGUGUGGGUUAGGGUUAAUAUGAAAUGAUUUACAGUGCCUUCUAAAGUAGUCUUGCUCAACUUUUGUAUGUUUUAAUUGGCUAUAAGGUACAUUGAGCUUAUCUUUGACAAAAGCUUAUAAGAAUUGUAGCUACCGUAUUUUUCGCACUAUAGGACGCACUUUUUCCCCUCCAAAAAUGAAGGGGAAAUGUGUGUGCGUCCUAUGGUGCGAAUGCAGGCUUUCCUGAAGCCUGGAGAGCGAGAGGGGUCGGUGCGCACCGACCCCUCUCGCUCUCCAGGCUUCAGGAAAGCCCCAGCCCCACAAGGUCGGGGGACAGAGGGAGGCGGAACGCCGCCAUCCCGCUGUCUCCCGAAGUGGUUUGGAGGCUGACGGCGGGGAGACCCCGCCGCCGGCCCCGCAAGCUCCGGGGACAGCUGGGAGACGCAGCGCGUCUUCCUGCUGUUCCCGGACCUGAUCUGAAGGCGGGCGGCGGGGAGAGGCGCUUCUCCCCGCUGACUGCCCCGCAAGCUCCGGGGCCCGCUGGGAGGCGCAGCGCGUCUUCCCGCUGUCCCCGGACUUGAUAUCAAGGCGGGCGGCGGGGAGAAGAGCGCUUCUCCCCGCUGCCUGCCCCGCAAGCUCCGGGGACAGCGGGGAGACGCAGCGCGUCUUCCCGCUGUCCCCGGACUUGAUAUCAAGGCGGGCGGCGGGGAGAAGAGCGCUCUCCCCGCUGCCUGCCCCCAAGCUCCGGGGACAGCGGGGCGACGCAGCGCGUCUUCCCGCUGUCCCCGGACGUGAUAUCAAGGCGGGGGGCGGGAGAAGAGCGCUUCUCCCCGCUGCCUGCCCCAGCUCCGGGGACAGCUGGGAGACGCAGCGCGUCUUCCCGCUGUCCCCGGACCUGAUAUCAAGGCGGGCGGCGGGGAGAAGAGCGCUUCUCCCGCUGCCUGCCCCAAGCUCCGGGGACAGCUGGGAGACGCAGCGCGUCUUCCCGCUGUCCCCGGACCUGAUGUGAGGCGGGCGGCGGGGAGCUGAGCGCUUCUCCCCGCUGCCUGCCCCCAAGCUCCGGGGACAGCUGGGAGACGCAGCGCGUCUUCCCGCUGUCCCCGGACCUGAUGUGAAGGCGGGCGGCGGGGAGAAGAGCGCUUCUCCCCGCUGCCUGCCCCCCAGUAGUCUUGCUCAACUUUUGUACGUUUUAAUUGGCUAUAAGGUGCAUUGAGUUUAUCUUUGACAAAAGCUUAUAAGAAUUGUAGCUACCGUAUUUUUCGCACUAUAGACGCACUUUUCCCUCCAAAAAUGAAGGGAAAUGUGUGUGCGUCCUAUGGUGCAAUGCAGGCUUCACUGAAGCCUGGAGAGCGAGAGGGUCGGUGCGCACCGACCCUCUCGCUCUCCAGGCUUCAGGAAAGCCCCAGCCCCACAAGGUCGGGGGACAGAGGGCGGCGGAACGCCGCCAUCCCGCUGUCUCCCGAAGUGGUUUGGAGGCUGACGGCGGGGAGACCCCGCCGCCGGCCCGCAAGCUCCGGGGACAGCUGGGAGACGCAGCGCGUCUUCCUGCUGUUCCCGGACCUGAUCUGAAGGCGGGCGGCGGGGAGAAGAGCGCUUCUCCCCGCUGCCUGCCCCGCAAGCUCCGGGGACAGCUGGGAGGCGCAGCGCGUCUUCCCGCUGUCCCCGGACUUGAUAUCAAGGCGGGCGGCGGGGAGAAGAGCGUCUCCCGCUGCCUGCCCCGCAAGCUCCGGGGACAGCGGGGAGACGCAGCGCGUCUUCCCGCUGUCCCCGGACUUGAUAUCAAGGCGGGCGGCGGGGAGAAGAGCGCUUCUCCCCGCUGCCUGCCCCCAAGCUCCGGGGACAGCUGGGAGACGCAGCGCGUCUUCCCGCUGUCCCCGGACUUGAUAUCAAGGCGGGCGGCGGGGAGAAGAGCGCUUCUCCCCGCUGCCUGCCCCCAAGCUCCGGGGACAGCUGGGAGACGCAGCGCGUCUUCCCGCUGUCCCCGGACCUGAUGUGAAGGCGGGCGGCGGGGAGAAGAGCGCUUCUCCCCGCUGCCUGCCCCCAAGCUCCGGGGACAGCUGGGAGACGCAGCGCGUCUUCCCGCUGUCCCCGGACCUGAUGUGAAGGCGGGCGGCGGGGAGAAGGCGCUUCUCCCGCUGCCGGCCCCCAGCUCCGGGGACAGCUGGGAGACGCAGCGCGUCUUCCCGCUGUCCCCGGACCUGAUCUGAGAGGCGGACUGCGGGGAGAAGAGCGCUUCUCCCGCUGCCGGCCCCACAAGCGCCUGGGGGGGAAAUAAUUUUUUUUCCUUUAUUUCCCCCCCAAAAAACUUGAUGCGUCCUAUGGGCCGGUGCGUCCUAUGGUGCGAAAAAUACGGUAAUUGACUCAGUGAUACAGCAGGUUUUGGACACCUAUUAAAGACAGUGUGAGUUGGGUCAGGGUUGGUUUUGUACAUGGUUGUGUGAGAGCUUCAGAUUCAAAUCUAGCACCAGCCACAUUUUCACUAAGUACAAGUGUGUGACUGCCCUCUUAGCGUGUGAGUCUUCCCCUUUGUUUAUCUGCUUGAAGAUUCCUAUCUCUGUUGGUUACUGCUCAAAGCUGAUUAAGGAACAGGGAUUAACAUCUGAUUUUGAGACUGAAAUGCGAUCUAAUUGUGUGGCAACCUAAAGAUUUUGCAAACCUGGCUGAUUUGGCCAUCUGGUACGGCUGUGAACCUGCACUUGGCUGAUGGGUGAGCAGCUUUUUCAGGACGCUCUGAUGGUCUACCACCUUAAACAGCCGCCAUCUUGGGCCAGAAGGCCGAGGAGUCGUCUGGGGGAUUCACUGACCCUGUCUUUCAGACAUAGUGUUUGAGUAGCACAAUGGGCCUAGAUGUGGGAAAGCUUGUCGCCAUGUUUGAAGGAUGUUAGGUGAUUUGCUCUUGUGGUUAAAGUUCUGCCAGAUACUUAUUGAAAACUGUCUCCCCCCCCCCUUUUGCUUCCCUAAUCUUUUAGCCAUAAAAAGUUCAAUGAAACCCUACUUUUAAGUAUUUCCAAUGAAAAUUGCUACUAUAGGCCCAGACAGGCUAGUUGGUGUUUCUUGUGGACUAGCAACUUGAGUGGGCUUUUUUGCAAGGCUGAGUAAAAGGUCCUGGUGGAAAGUGGGGUCUGCCUCUGUUCCCCCACUGGCUUGGUGUUUCCCAAAGGCAGAGUUUUGAUCAAGAGCUGUUCGAGGUGGGAAUGGCAAGGGUGAGGUGAGCGGAGAGGCCACCUGCGAUUGGGUUCCCGUUUGAGCUCCUAUAAAUAGCUUUGAGAAUCGUUCAGUUUGUUGACUGGCUGAUCAUUUACAAAAGGCACCUCAGCUUGGCCCUGCCAAAGGGCAGCUCUUAUUCCUCCAUAGAGGCUGCAGCAGCAGCAGGAUCCCAGGCCUAUUCCAGCUGCUCAGGUUUGCACCCGCCACAACCCAGUCAGUUGAUGCCAGAAUUCUGGCAUGUCGGAAAUGUCACAAGGGGUGGAUUGGCUCCUGUAUGUUUGCCUUCAGAGUGAUGAAAACAUCUAUUUUUGUGGGGUAGAGGGGAGGGGAGGUAUAGCUGGAAAAGGAAGCUUGUCCAACUUGGUUGCCUGGGGCGAGUUCAGAAUUCGCUCCAGGUAACUAAGCAGAAAAAUGCUUUCUCUUUUAUUGAUUUUUUAAAAAGAACUCUUUUACUGCUUUCACAUCAAAAUGAUACCAAAGCAGCAAACAGUAGCAGUUGUCGGUGUUCAUCGAGAGACAGGGAAGUGCACCUCCGGAGAUGAAGUCAACCCACUGCAUCAGCAGCACCAACGGGACCUCCCUGGGGCACGUGCCUGGGCAGUGUGUCUGGAGGUCCUGGGUUGUCCAGACCCGCCCCCCCUAGCUUUACUGAUGUGGUCCAGAGGAAAGCAGAACAAUACUUUUGGCACCAGCUUGGCUGCAGGAGUUGCCAGAAGGCACCAUCCAACCACCUUAGGGACUCCGCUCCAGAUUUGUGUAGGGUUUACUCCUGAGACUUUUCUUCUCUGAAGAUAUCCCACAAGGAAAUGGAGGUUUCGGGUCAGAGUUUUCCUUCUAGCUGGGCUCCCUUCCCAAGUUGACGAGCCCCAUCUGACCCUCACUUCCCUCCACAGCAUGUGCAGAAACCACCUUCUUGGACCUACUAUUGGUCUUGUCUCCUCAAUCCACAGGAGCCUGUCUUGGCAUGCCGGGGAAUUUCCUAACCCACUGAGGGUUUGGGACCUAUCGGCUACCCUCACAUGCUUUAGCCAGCGAAUCAAAGCUGCCCCUGGGUUGUGGCCACUGUCACAUGCUGACAGCUUUAGGAGCCAUGGGUGAGUUCUGAGUGAAGUGCGGGGACCAAAGGUGAACAAACUACCCCAGUAGCAAAACUACAAUAACAUUGGAUCAGUAAGUAACACCUAAAAUACCAAUACGUUAACCAUGGAAAGUCUAGGUGCCGGUGCACCACAAAUGAGUAGCAUAAUUCUGUAUGGACUAAGAAUUUUGGGUGCAUUUGCAGAAUACUGUUUGGGGAGGCAACACAGGAGGAGGAGCUGCCUGGUUUUAUCAAUCUUGCUGCAGAAGCCCUGUGUCCUUUAAGUUAAACUGCCCACCUUUGUGUAACUGGGAGGGGCAAGGAUUAAACUGACUGUCCUUGCCCCAUAGCCCGCUUCCCUGCCCGCCUCUGUGUCUGUGCCUCUUGGCUCUCUGUCCAGCAGCCUCGUGCCUUCCAGAUCUCUCAAGCGGUGGUUAAGCCUUGCACAUCAUGCUGUUCACUGAGCAGCCAUAAAAUGCAUGCCUUGCUUCUCUCUUUAAUUAGAAGGUUGCAUGUGCUGACGCUGGCAGCAUUUCAGUCACCCAGGAGUCCUCUGCCUCUCGAGCUUCCGAGGCACCUUAUAAAGAUGCUUCGUUUUCUAAGUGCCUUGGUUGCCUGCUGAGAGCUCCCCACCCUGUUGAAGACCCUUCUGUGAGAUGGCUGUGCUCCUGAGCAUGUGUGCUGAGGUCUCUGAAUUUGUGUGUGGGCUCUGUGCUGAGAUUUUACAAGGAAGUCUGAACCUCUCUAGAGGAGCCACUUCAUGAACAUGUAACUCACUGUGAUUCCAUUAGAAGAAGCUUUUGGGGUAGGGUGUACUGAAUCCCCACUUUUUGACUGUAGGUAGUCCAGCUUGGCCUUCGCUCUGAGGUUGUCUGGGCACACAUUCAGAGUUCUUUUCUGCAGCCAUAGGACUAAAAUUCUGCUCUUGGGGUGGGGAGCAGGGGAAACCUUUUUUUCUGAGUGCUGAAGACACUGCCGAGUACUGAAUUCUGCCUUCAUGCAAAACUGUGGAAUCCAAGGAUCUGGCAUCAGGUCUGGGAUCCAUGGAGAGGCUUUUUAUUAUGGGCUGUGAUUGCAUCUUGUGUUGGUAGCAAAUAAAUGUUUCACUUUCCUCCAUGGCAACGAGCAUGUAAAGAGCAAGACACAAGGCCAGGGUAGGAUGCCUGGUUGGGAUCUUCUGGGUCCAGCUAUGGGAAAUGGUAGUUUUGUUGGGUGAUCUGUUUCCACGCUUAAAGUUAAAGCUCUGCACAUCACAUCCUUGGCUGGCAACCCUGCUCCAGUAGCAGUCGCGGUGAAACUGGAGCAACUUUCUUUUUUUUCCUUUUUUUUAUUUAUUGAAAUUUUCAAAGUGUUACAACAGAAAAUAAAAGUAGAAGAGAAUACAAAAUAAAAAUAGUUAACAAAGUAGAAGAAGAAAAAAAACCAAACCCCUUCCAACCAUACGAAUACAAAUUCAAAAAUAAGAAAAAAAGACAGAGAAAAAAAACAAAAAUACAAUUUAAGAACAUUUAAAAACAAAUUCAUUAUUCUCGAAUCCUCAACUGUCAUUACCUUCUUUCUUUGACCUCCUCCUCCCUUUCUUUGUAUCCUAGUUAUUAAUUAUCCCAGCAAAUCCUUUCCAUAUUUCAUAAUAUUCUGUCAUUACAUUACCCUAAACAGUUUUAAUCUUAUCUUUCUAUAAGAAAAUAAACCUUAAAGCUUAAAACUUAAAUCUUAUCCUUACCAACUUCUCAUAACCAUAAUAUUCUUUCAUAAUUCUUUAAACAUCUUUACUAAAGCCGAGUAAUUUCAUUCCAACAUUUUUCUGACAUUCAUCAAUUUUAUAAAACAGUUCUAAUGGUAGAGAAAAGAAAUACAAACAGAUCCAAUCUUCAUCCAAGGUCCCUUCCUCCUGGUUCCGGGUUUUGUCAGUCCUUAUUAUCCCAUCGAUCUGGCCCAUUAACCUGGCAACUUUAUAUCCGAUGCCCUCAAGUCUCUUCCAUGUCCCUUUCACAGCUCUUCUUCAUAUUUGUAACUGUAUUUUCCCUUGUCUCCUGCUCGUGGUAACUCCAGCUUGGCAAUAUUUUUAACCCUUCUCGACAGAUCAGCCCCUUUUCCAUAUUCAGCACUGAAUUCCAUAUGGUAUUUAAAAGCAUGUUUCAAAGACCCUCCAAAAUAAAGAGCCCCCACAAUCCCAAACAUCUCACGGCCCAUUGCCAGAUUUGAAAAGUCCAAACAUCCCAGCAUAGGGGGGUCAAUCCAGCCCCCAUUUCCAAGCCAAACCAAACUUUUUCUUUCCAAAUCUGGCUUUUCCAAGUUCAUUUGUCAAAUCCGAAAACUCAUAUUCCUGUUGGGCCUGUUCUGUCAGGACACACUCCUGAUUUAAUUCCUGGGUGGGCUCCACAUAUUUUCCCACUGUCUGUUCAAAAUUUCCCACUGCCUGUUCAAAAUUUCUAGUCGAAGUCGUCAUCAAAUUCACCUUCUCAUGUAACUGUUCCAGUAGGGCAUUUGUUUUGUAGAAAGCACACAACAAAGCUUCUGAAUACAUUGUCCUGCAAGGUCAAAUGCCUAUUCCCACGAUUGUAAUCUGUAAACAGCUGCCGGCUCCCUGGAGUUGGUUACAGUUUCACAGUCUCCCUCUAGGGGGGAAAUUUCUAUUUGAUCUUGCAACAAAGUUUCCCUUUUUUGAGAUACUUUGUCAAUAUUUGUUCCUUUGAAAUGCGAAGGGAAACAGUGGAAUCACUAUGUUUCUCUUCUUUUAGCUAUCUGUCAAAAACGUUUGUCUCUGGUCAAUGAACUUCAAACGUCAGUCCUGACACCCCGCUCCAGGAUCAGGACGGAGGAGAGUUGCUUUACUUUAAACUCACUUUAAACAGUCCAAAAAAAGAUCCCCCUUCUUCUCCUGCUGUCGAAGGGGGGUUCCACAAUUUUAAAUGAUGAAAUCCAAUCCUUUAAAAGCGAUUUUCUGAGCUCUAGCUUACGUUGUCUUUGCUUUAUUCUGUCUACAGAAGAACGGAAGGCUGACUUCCUGUUUAGACCUUCCCGUUCCGUACCAAAUUAAAAUAGAUUUUUAAGAUCCAAUUCUUUUCUGCUCGCAAGUCUCCAUCUAAUGUCCAGUUGUUCAAAGUCUAAGUACUCAAGGGUGCUUAUUUUAGAGUCCAAAUUGUCCCAGGAAAAAGGCAGCGCUCUCCGGCAAUGGCUAUGCAGCUUCGCUCCACGGAAAUAGCAGUUGACUCACAGCACCGCGCCACUUCCCCCUCUUCACUUCGGAGCCCGUUAGUGGGUUCCUUAGCGAGUUGGGGGGGCGCUAAAGGUGCCCGCCGAGUCCCAUGGUCACAGGCUUCAUCCGCCUGUGAUUUUUGAAAGGGUCCCCGCUUCGCCGUAGCGGAGAAGACCCGUUUCCCGCGGAGCUAGUCCCUCCAGUUCAGAGGGAGUCCGCCAUUGCCGAUGGCGCCACCCCGGAAGUCUGAAACUGGAGCAACUUUCACAGGCCCACUCCAUAGCGGAGCAGCCCAACACCCUGCUUAGCCCUCCAUGGAGCCACUCAGACAUUUCUGAAAGUCUUAGAAAACGAAGCCCUGGUCUCUAUAGUUCCUGGAUCCGAGCCUCAGACUUGGAAGAAGAGAAACUUCCUCAAGUCGCUCUGGGAAGCCAUCCCACUGGGGGCUGCCUUGGUGGGCUCCCACCCAGGCAUUGGGCGAGGCUGGCAUUGGUCGUGGUUACCUGACGCUCUGAAUCCUCCAUUCCUCAAGAGGGCGAAGCGCAAUGGGCACAGGGAAGGAGGAGCAGCAACAGGUCACCUCACAGCCAGAUUGACGGUUGCAUUUUGCGAUUGCCGUUGGUGCUUGUUGGGGUCUGGAAACCACUUUGAGACUCUCCUUCUGCAAAGCAGCAUGCAAGCCUUUUUCUCAAUCAGUUGGUCUUCUCAUGAAUGGUAGAAGGGGCUCCAUACGUUCUUCCCUCCUCCCCAGUUUUUCCUUACUUCUCAGCUGGAAGCUUAGGAAGCCUCUCUGCCCUGGUGGGCCAGGGCAGUUCAACUAAUCCCGCCUGCACCUAUAAAAACAGCCACGCUGUCUCUUUGGUUUGCUCCUGCUGGCUGCAGAUGGCCUUCUGCCAACCCCACCCUGCCCAACUUGCCCUCAGCUGCACAGAAGCUGUGUCUGACGCAGCUCCUUAACUCUGAAUGACAACCAACCUCCCCCCCCCCCGCAAACUCUUCCAUUUCUCACCAGCUGCUGUCCUGUUACCAGGCAGCUGAGUUUGCUACGCUCUGUCUUCUUUUGGUGGUCUGGUGGAGGAAGGCUCCCCCCCUUGUCCUCGGACUCCUCUGGAUUCCUGCCAGGUGCCGACUGGGAAGUCCUUAGGCUGACCUAUUUCCCCAUGCAAGGCUUGCUAAGCUGCAGUGCUGCUGCAAGGCUGGAGGGGAGGAUUUAGCCCCCUCCCCUUUUGCAGGAGCAGUGUCCUCUUCCUCUCCUUGGCCAAGAGCCAGCCAGCUCCCUCCCGGGGUCCCUCUUGCCAUUUAUCUCAUCGGCGCGUGGUGUUUUUCCACGGCCUCUCCGGGUGACGUGGUUCCUUUUCUCCUGCCAACUCCCGCUCGGCAGGGACUCUCUUCUCCGGGGCCUCGGCGCAGACUGGGCUGAUUUACAGCCCAUAUGGUGGGAGACGCCGCCAGCUCCCAGCUUUUGUUGCUCAGCACCUGGCAAAUGGCUGGGAAAGCCUUUUGGCUGCUCAGGAAAUGGCUGCGAAUCCCGCGGUGGGUGGAGCCCUUCCGAAAGAGCCCCUGGGCCUGGGUGGCUACUUUGGAGGAGGAGCAUCCUAGUGUCAGCCCGCUCCUUCCCCCCCCCCCCGUUUUAGUCCAAAGGGACAGUCAUGAACUCCUAAAAGAACUGGAACUUGGGACCAAGGUUCUUCUCAAAUACUGUGCUUUCAUCUGACCUGAAUAUGAGUGGUGCUCUGCCUAUGCUCAGAGGCACGGUGUUUCUCUGGUUUUCAAGACAGGUUCCCUUAGCUAGGCCUUAGCAAGGCACGUUCCAGGUGCAGGAGGUUGAAGUCGCCCGUUAGUGCCUUCCUGUUCACACACUUUGAAGCCAAAGGUGCUAUUUGAGAUUUCUGCGUGCAAAGCAAGUACUGUCUACUGGAAGAGAACUUGAACUGCGGGCUCUUGCCUUGGAAGCAGUAGCAAAAAUUUGGGGGAAACCCUGUGGCUCCAACCAUUGACCAGUGGCUGAGGAAAACCUGUCACAUAACGGCACUGAAUGAAAUGGCCUGUUACAAAGUAUGGAAAGGAAAAACGUGGGCAGUGGAGAUCUUUCUAAAUAAUUGGACGCUGUCUUUGGGAGGGCACUUCUGAAGAUGUGUGUGAUGCAGUCCCAAAGGCUGUCUGUUCAUAGGAACCGACCUGCACGUGGCCUGCAGAGACUGUUCAAAGCAGAAAUUUUUACUUCUGCUCUUUUUCCUGAAAUUGAUAGGCAUCGUUUGCGUUGGAACAUGCAGCUUGGACCACAUUCAGAGGCUGAGACAAGAAGGCCUCCUUCACCCAUUGCCCCAGCAGGGCCCCCUCGCCUGCCGGCAUCCAGUUGUUGAGACUGGUGCGGCCUCUGCCCAUCUUGGGGAGUUCACUCUGGCAGGAGAUUUUGCCCGUCUUUGCCAGCGCCUGGAGUUCACCAGCCCAGCCUCCAUGAAUCUUGUGGCUUUGCUUGAUCAACUGCUCAUUUACUCAGCAGAGAGGGAGAAAUAAGGUGGGGCAGGAGGCAGUAGCCAGUGGUUUUGGCAAUCUGCCUCUAUGGAAGUACUUUCUGCUCAAGCAUAUAGGACUUGGGAAACCGAUAAAGGGCUACUUUGGGCAAGUUUUGUUAUGAAAUGCUUUGUGUAUCUGUCAGUUAUGUCCUAAGGCCAAGUUUAUACAGGAGCAAUGGAAUUUUUAAGAGAUUUUAGAGAUUAGAGAUUUCAUUUUAGUUUUGGUAAUUUCCAAAAUCCAACACAGGGCCUUUCCUGUGCAUAUGGGAAAGACUGUAGCUCAGUGAUAAAGCAUCUGUCUUGCAAACACAAGGCUGAGACCCCUGCCUGAAAUCCUGGAGAGGAACUGCCAGUCUGUGCAGACAGUACUGAAGUAGAUGGGCCAAUGGUCUGACUCAACAUAUAGCAGCUUCUGAUGAUACGUACGGAGGUGAAGGUGGAUGAAAGAGAGAGAGAGAGUCCCAUGUGAAGCAGUGAACUUCCUCUUCCUGCCCACGUCCUGUCAACUGUACAGACAAAAGCUAAGCCCCCUGAACCCACAACAUCUGAGGCUGCCGGAGGCUCAGGCCAGCACUUUGAUUCAGGGCGAUGGCUCAGCCAAGUCAACUUUGCAACUGGAUCUUCAGUGUCAGUCUGUGGUUGGUUGCUUGGUGUCCGUCUGUCUCGGGAAACAAUGGAGGAGUGUGCCUUUGAGGGUGAGGUCAAAGGGUUGGAGAGUUACAGCGCCUGCUGUGGCUGUAGAGACCGAUGCAGGAGAGACAUGUUUUGUUGCAUCUGGGGCAGAAGAAGGUGUCUGGUUGUGCUGCUGUAGAUGGGCCAGGGUGUUUCUUCUCUCUGCACUCCCCCCAGCGGUCAUUCCUCCUCUGGUCGCUACUAUGGAUGCAUGACCUGACUGCCUGCCUCCAGGCACUGUGAUCAUCUGCAAGGGAUUCCCACAUGGUGGGGUUGUUUUUGCCAGCCUUCAUGUCACAUUGGCAGACAUCUUUGUAAUGCAAUCCCCAUAGAGCACGUUCUUGGGGAUCCUGCCAUCUUCCACUCUGUGGACAUGACCAAGGCAGUGUAGACAUCACUGAGACAGGAGUGCAAACAUGCUGGGAAUGUGAGCUUGGGAGGAGCACAUCUUUGUUUCAAAUUCUGUCCUGCCAUGUGAUACCCAAAACCCUCCUUACAUGAUGCAUGUGGAAAGCAUUGAAGCAUCAUUUCCGACAGUUAUAAGGUGCCUACGACUCACUUGCAUAAAGCCGUGUAGAAGCACUGGCAAAAACAAUUCUGGAUCUUGCAGAAGGGUCCCUCAGAUGAGUAAAAAGCAUGGAACCAGGGCUUGCUCAGCCUGGACAGUCAAAAUACCUUGUCCAAAUGUCUUCUUGAAGAAAGCCAUGUGGAGUUCAUAAUGUGCCCUGUGCAGAGGGCUCUGGUGAGAGAAUAGGCCUUGUGCAGUUUGGCUAGAAAAUAAUGAUUUUGCAUGCAGAUCUUUUAAACGCGCAGGCAUGGAGCUUGCAGCACGAGGCUGUUGCAACAUCCUCUGGGAUUGAACCUCCAGCCACACCCUCCCUCCCUGUUGGAGUAUGCAUUUGGUUGGUGGCAUGGAAAGGGGUUGGGGGUACUGCAAAAAGGGGAGAACCUAUCCACGUACUUUUGUGCGUUUCCCUCUGCUAACUUUGGAGCGCACAUUUUGUGGUCAUUUGUGUGCACCUUUAAAGGCCCCCCUUUUCUAGAGGUCUCUGUGUUCCCAUUUUACAGAAGGGCAGUUGAAGCUGAAAGGGAGUGAAUUUUCUGAGCAUGCAUAGCAGAGAUGGGGUCUUCAAUCCAGCUGUCCCAGUUUCAAGUCUAGUUACAGCUAUGCAUCCCUCCUACCCACCGAGAAUACCCCAAAUGUUUCUCCCGGGGUGGAUGGGGAAGCACUACAGCUGGGAAGUGUUGGUGCCUAGAUGCUGCUCUCCCUCUCAGCCCCCCAUGUUGUCAUUCUGCUGUCGUUUCCUUUGCCUUGUGUAGUUUUCACUGCCAAACUCUCUCAAGCUCUCACGUCACCCAAGCGGUCCAUUGGGAGUUUGGCCUUUCUUGCGGCUGCUUAGUAUGAAUAAAUGUUUGUGUUUGGAUGGUUUUGUCAUGGCCUUUGGCUAGCACAAUAAACUUAUUGAACGGAAUACACGUUAUUAAUGAAAAGUAUUGUUUGAUUUGGAACAGGGCAUCUGGUUUUCUCUAGCAUGGAAACUAGUUUUGGUGGGGUGGGGUGGCCAAAUCCAACCCUUGUCCUCCUUUGCAUAUUAUUUUCCACCAGGAUAGGGUUUGGGCUCUAUGGCCCUGCAAUUCGGAUUUGUGUAGGACAGUAUUAUUUGCUACAUGGCAUCUUCGCUUGCCUGACAGUGUUGGUGCUGCAGUCCCGAUGUGUUGCUGGUAGCUUUGGUGUUUAAGAAUUUAGGAAGAGCCUGCAGGAUCCGGCCAGUAGCCUCAUCUGUUCCAUCUUUUCCAGCAUUCUGUUCACACAGUGACCAACCAGAUGCCUGUGGGAAGCCCUCAGGCAUGUUUCUGUACCACGCAGGGUGCCUUGCAGCCAUUCCCCCAUGAACUGGCACAACAGCUCUGUCGUUGCCUUGUGAACUGCUGCAAACUCAGAACUUGCCUUCAGGCCCCUCCGAAGACUCCGUCUCCCUCUGAUGGUCCCACUGCAGCAUGUUGAAGCGCUUGUGUGAAUUCUCAAGGUUGGACUUCUUACACAUACAAAACUGUCCCCUGCACAUAAGAGAACCACCAUGCCAGAGAGGGAGACACCAGUACAGCCCUCCUCCCUGGCAUGCUAUUACGUAUUAGUAUUAUUAUUUUUUAAAUUUGCCUACCAUCCUAUAUCUGUACUCUAGAUCUCAGGGCAGUUCACCAAGUUUUCGUUGUGUGGCAAGAGAGAAAACAAGGAGAGGCAGGCAUUUGUCUGAGCUUCCAGUUGCAGUGGUUCACAGGUUGACCCCCUCGGUGGCCUUAAGCGUCACGGCUGAUCAAGAGGCUGCAGCUGAAAGCUUUCUAGGCUGCAGUGGAGCUGGGACUCUAGCUUGCUCCUUGGCGCUGCAUAGUAGACUGUGCUGGAUUGUUUGGGGCCAAAAUCUCAUAGACAGGGCCUUGCAGAGAGACUUUUUUCAGGCUGAGUGAAGCACUUGGAGUGGACCGGGGUGGUUUGCAUUAUCAGUGCUCCUCUGUUACAUUUUUGGGGGCUAGUUCCUGGCUCCUCCUUGCCCUCCGCUACCCAGUUAACAGACUUGGAAGUAUAAUUUCUCCUUCAUCACUGUCACUGCCCUCCUUGCUGUGGAGAAGACCCUCUUUUGCCUGUGUCCCCCCUCAUCACGGUCAAGACCAGCUUAGCCUGAGGCAAUGCUCAGGAGAAACUCAAGCACAAACGUCCCCUGGUGUCACACUUUCUUAUUCUGUCUGGGAGAGAGUCUUAACCCAGUGAUCCAUCAUGCUCUGGUUACCUGUAGAUGACUUGAAUGCACUGCCCAUUGGACUGUCCUUGAAGACAAUGCAGAAUACAGCUUGAGAACCCAAGGCACUAGUGCUGAGCAGCUGUGUGGCUCCUAAUCUCUUUCCAUGCUGGUGGAUCCUUUUCAAAGCCCUGUGUCAACUUGCAGGCUUGCCUGUCUCCAUGGGAUCUCUCUCACUCACGGGCACCAUUCUCAGGUGUUUGCAGAUGCAGCGAGUGGUAAUUAGGGUGGGUAAGAAACGUAUCUGUCGUGACUCCCAGUGGUGGGAUUCUUAGCAGUUCCCCUCCCCAUUAUGGAUUUUCUUUGCACGUCUUGCCACAAGAGAGGCAUAACAGCCCCAUCCUGGGCAUGUUUAAUAGGAAGCAACACUCCCCUGAGUUCAACAGGGCCUGCUCCUUUCUAGUCCUACAGAGUAUCACAGCCUGACAUUUUGCCUUUCUGCUGCUGCUCUUGCCUCGUUCUUCAGGGGUUGCAGCUGCCGUUGGCUGUGCCGGCAACCACUCUCAUGGUUUCUGUCACAGAGGCAGACAGCGGACUGCUUCUCUUCCAAGUUCAUGGUUGGAAGACGGUGAUGGAUGGGCCAGCAUGAGGGCAUCUUCUUUUCCACUCUGGGAGGGUGUAACCCUGUAUCCCAUUUCAUGGGAGAGAAACCCCUUGAGUUCAAGUAAACAUGUAGAAGACUGGGUAGCUAUGGAAUCUCCUUCUUUCUCGUGUGUUUCCUGUCUCUGGCUCUCAUCUCCCAGGCUGAUGGAUGCUCAUUGCAGGACUUCAGUGCCCUAUGUGCAGUCUAGUGUAUAAGAGAGCCAAGUCAGUACUGUGGAUCUCUUUCUCACUUACCCCCACCCCAGUGCCAGCAGAGAUUCUCUUCUUUCUGCCCAGGAACAGGAGAAAUCUCUUCUUUCCAGACAUCCAAGCUUUCAGAAAUUCUCAAUCCCUAAGCAGUAUUUCUGUGAAGCACCAUGACCAUUAUACUGGGGGCUGGGGUGGCAUCUGCUGUUGGCUCCUGAGCUGUGAAAGUGUCCCGUAUUCUUUUCCCUAUUCCUAACGCAUUUUUUGUCUUCCCUUCUCAGAUUCCGUAAUGAUGAAUGGUUCCAGCGUGGCAAACACGACCACGACUGCCACCACCCCUGCAAAAUCCAAGGAGGACCAGGUAGUGAACGGGCAUGAUGAGAAGGAGAAUAACCCCUUUGCCGAGUACAUGUGGAUGGAGAACGAAGAGGACUUCAACCGGCAGGUGAGGCAGUCAAGGGGCUUGCUGCAGUUGCUGACUCUCCAGUCUGUUCCUUGGUACGUGGUUUAUAGGCCAGUUUUUAUGGGGCAGCCUACAGGGAUUAUGAAAAGCGAAAUGCCGGUAGAGUACAGAACACCAUUAGAAAAUCAGGAAUCACUUAAAAAUAGAUGCUCGGGCUGGCCGCCUGCUUUGUGUCGUCCUCGCUCACAGGUUGGGGCAGCCCACACUCUGGAUAGGGCAGGGGGUUGGUGUUUAUGACUUUCCAUAAGAACUAGUCCAGCAUCCUGUUCUCAGGGUGGCCAGCCAAAAUGCCUCUUCUGUGAAACCCACAAGCAGCAUUCAAGGACAAGAACACACUCCCCUUUUGUGGCUUCCAGCAACUGGUAUUUGGAAAUAUUACAGCUGUGGAGGCAGAGGAAAGCUGUCAUGGCUAGUAGCCAUUUCUGGUCCUCUCCUCCACGGAUUUGUCUAAUCCUCUUUUAAACCCAUCCAACUAUGGGGCCAUCACUGCUUCCUGUGGGAGGGAGUUCUGUAACUCCCAUGUUGAGCAAGAGUCUAGCCCUGUCUGUAGAAGUGGCAUGGGAGGCAGGAAGUCUGCCAUUAGAACCUCGCCUCAGCCUUGGGCAAGUGGCUUUCCUUCACCUGCAUUAGUAAUAGAAAGAGAUUUGCCUACCUUAAAAAAAAAAAAAAACCAUGCCACUAAGAUGUGGCUUUAAUCAAGGGGUGUGUUUAGGCUUCUUUGAAAGAACUUCAUCUUUGGGUAAAGACCAGGCUGACAGAUGGCGGAAGGAGGGAAGUAAGAUGGAGAGGGUACAGGAGACGUUGGACGGGAGGAGAAAGGAGAUUUUGGGGACACUAAAACAUCCAUUCCUGAUAUUUAGGAAGCCCCAGUCUCUCCCUCAUCUCUCUGAUGGCAAGCCUCCACCUGCCUCUGUGGCUGCACGACAGCUAGGAAUUUGGUCUUUAUGAAUCUAUUCAUUUUAGAUUAUCUUCAACCCACUUUUUCUACCCCUGAGGUGGCUUCCGAUUGCAAACUUUAGAAAUGGCAGGACUCAGUAAAAUCCAGCAGCAUUAAAAACCAGGGGAAGGACCACCCAACAGAUGAAUGCUUUCUCAAAAACAGAGGAGAAAGGAGUGGUGCCGUGCUUCCUCCAGGACGGCAGCCCAGAGCUUUUGGGCUACUGGCCUCAAGGCCCCUCUCCUGGCAGUCCCAAGUUCUGGCCGCCUCUUGGGCUCAGCCUGUAGCUGCCGUAGGAACUCCCACAGGAAGAGGCAGCGGUGCCCCCCACCCCACUGGCUCCAAGGCCACAAUGGGCUUGAAAGGUAAGCAGGAGUGCCUUGAAUUCCGCCUGGAGAAGGCCCAGCAGCUGCCAGCACAGCAGUUGCCAAACAGACAGGACGAGCUCCUCAGCAUGGAGCAUUCGCUGCACUUCUCAAUACCUCUUCUAGGGCAGAGCUGCUGCAAAGGCUGGGCUGUAGGAGGUGGCAGGGAGAAGGACCCUGCAGCUUGCCGCCACUUCUCUUUAGGAUGCAUGCUCCUCUUCCCUGCAUCUGUUGCCAGAGUCCUUGUGUCUGUCUCUGUCCUUGCCUCUCCCCUCCCCGGCUGCUUUUGCUCCCUGGCCACCUUGGCUCCCUUCCCUUGCCCACUCCAUCCCUGCUGAGGAAGCGCCUUGGAGAGGACCAUAGCUGAAUGGGGCAGGGCAGGCUCUAUUUAUUUAUUGCAUUUAUGCCCCAAAGGCUCCCUGAGCAGCUUACGUGUAGCCAAGACAGACGCUACCCACAGGCUCAUGAUCUGAAAAGAAACCUGACACGCAAGGCGAAAGGGACAGGGAGGGAAGAGGAAAAUAAAGACCCGGGCACCAAUUUCCGAACAGUUGCUCCUCCAGUGACCAGCUUGGCACAGUUCAGGGACAGGAAGGUGCUUGAUGGAGCUGGAGUAGAGCGCAUUAAAUGAGCCCCGUUGCUUCCCAUCUCUCUCCCGCUUAGGCAGUCUGGCGGAAUGGGCCUCCAGUGGGUCCCGAGUUCAAUCUCUGCCAGCAUCUCCAGCAGAAAGGUUCAGCUGGCAGGUGAUGGGGAAGCUCUUUUCCACCUGAGGCCCAGGAGAACAGUUAGCAGUUGGGGGAGACAGUACAAGGCUACCUGGAUCAGGGGGGCUGAGCUGCUGCGACGCAGUUCCCUAUAUUCCUGCCUCUGGACUCUCUUUUGUGCUUGACCAUUGAGGAUGAGCUGGGGGGCAGUUUUGGUGAGAGCUGAACCCUCAGACCUUACAGCUGAAGCUCCCUGGUUCUUAUCUCAGCUGCUCUCGGCAUCUCCCUUCUGCUCUGGGAGGUCUGGAACUGCUUAGCCUGCUGCGCUCCAAGCCUUGGCGGGGCGGUUUUGCUGCUUCCUGUCUUCUCGGGGCCUCUGUCCAGCUGCCAAGCUUGCGAUGUGGCAGUGUGCAAGGAAAGCCUCCACAACAGGAAGGAAUCUUGCUCAGGGAUGACAGGAGAAGCCCCGCCUGCCUUCCGAGGGUCUCAUUGGCAGAGGAGGAGGCUUCAGCCGAAAACAAGAAAUCCGAAACCCUUCCUUCUUGGGGGUGAGCAGACCAGCCCUGCUGCUUUCCUGGAGCCAGUUGAAUCAGUACUGAGCCUCUUCUGUUUGGGAGGGCAGCCUCUGGGUGGGGCCCAGAAGCAGAUAGGAAGGCUUGCAGCAAGACCACUGAGAAGGAGGAUGGCAGCUCCUGCAAAAUGUUCUCUGUGGGCAGGGCAAGCCACAGAGUCACCAGGAAGACAUUCAUUCUCCUUCUUUUGAAAGAGUACAAAGGCAGGACGUUCUGGGGAAGUGGAGAAGCCCCAGGAUGGAGGCAUGCAUGGAAGUGCGGAGAGGCCAGGCGUGCCCCUGUGGCAUAGGGUCUGGUUGAACUUUAAGCUGGGCUCCUAAACUGAGUGGGUGGGCUGGCUGGCUGGCUGGCUUUGGGCUAGUUGCUUGCUCUGUUGCCCGUAGGGGAACCUGACCCACAAAGUGGUUGUGAAGGUGGAGGGAUUGUCGAGCAUUCCGUGUUCAGUGAGAAACGCUGCAACCGUGAGAAGUUGGCCUCUCAAGGGCUUCUUGGCAUGCCUGCAUUGUGACAGCUGCUGGGAUGAACGAAGCGUCCCUGGUCCAGGAGAGGCCGCUCUGUGGCUGGUGCAAAUGAAAGCCACAAAAGCCGUGGGAUUUGCCGGCUGGGACUUCCCUGCUUGCAAAUGCAACUGAGCUUCACAAGCAGAAGGGGAGCUGGGGUCCAGGGUACUGUUUGACAGGAAGUGUGAAACUACUCCUCCCCGGUCUGAGGCCUUCCCAAUGGUUUGGACCGCAUCUCCAGCUGUUUGGACUACAUCAGCCUUAUGCGGCUCAGGAUCCCAACCCCUGGAGGACAGUCUCCCCCACAUGAACUGACUCAGACCCUGCAGCCUUCAUUGGAGGCUUUCCCCCAUCUGCCUCAUCCGCCAGAAGAGUAAAAAGGGGCAACACGAAAACAGGCCUCUUCAUUGGGCAACACACACAUCCUUGAGGAAUGCUGUCUCUGGGUAAUCUUGCCUGGCACCAACAUGCUUCAUUUUCAGGCACUGGCCUAAGACAUGUUUAUUUAGUCCUUGGGCUCAGUAGGACAGUCAUACCUCGGGAUAAAUGUGCUUCAAGUUAAGUAUUUUCGGGUUGCGCUCCGUGGCGACCUGGAAGUAACGGAGUGCGUUACUUCCAGGUUUUGUCGCGCACACAUGCACACACGGUCAAAAUGACGUCAUACGCAUGCAGGGAAGUGGUGAAACGUGAUGCGCGGACGCAGGUUGCGUUCGCAUCCCGGGGUACCACCAUAGAGCAUGAGACUCUUAAACUCAGGGUCGUGGGUUCAAGUCCCAUGUUGGACAAGAUAGUCCUGCAUUGCAGGGGGUUGGACUAGAUGACCCUUGUGGUCCCUUCCAACUCGACAGUAUUCUGUUCAUCUCUGUUGUGCUGCUCAUCUUUUAAUAGGGUGGGCCAGGCAUUUUCCUUCUUACUGUGCUGUUGGGUGAGCAUUUGAGGGGUUUUGCACUGCACGAUGCUUUUUAAUUUUGCUUUUGCUUGAUUUCUGUGCUUCAUCAUCUUUACUGAGAGGUAUUCUUUUCGUCUAAAGCAACUUAGAAAUACAUUAAAUAAGUAACAAAUACAAAAGGAUGGUCAUGCUGCUGGGGCUGAUGGGAGUUGUAAUCCAAAAUGUCUGGUGAGCGCCAGGUUGCUCAAGGCUGUGUUGGGCCCUGCUUGUGUGGAACAGUUGGUGGUAGCCAGGAGGCCUUGACCAGUUGGCCAUGGCUGGGGCCUGUGCAUUUCACCCACUGUCCAACAUACAAUCUGAGGUGAGGCUUGAGAAACCAUGUUCCUAGUCCUCCUUGGUUUUUAACUGUGUUCCCUGGUUUGGGCUUUGAGGAGGGAGGAAGCACCUGGAAUGAGGACGUAAGAGCCAUGUGGCUAAGUCAGGCUAAAGGUCUUGCUCACCCGGCAUCCUCUUUUCCUCUGUGGCCUGCCAGGUGCCUCUGGAAAGCCCACAAGCAGGACAGGAGCAUGAUAGCAGCCCCUUUCCUCCCACCCUUGUUUCCCAGCAACUCACAUAAAUGGGCAUACUGGGGGGUGCGGCAAGUAGCCAUUCACCGCUGGAUCUUCCAUGAGUAUAUCAGAACCAUCCAAGUUAGUGGCCGUUAUUAUACCUUGCAGUAGCUCAUGUCAGAGUUUGGCUUUGUGAAGGAGGUAUUCCUUUGUGUCAUAGAGUUAAGAGAGUUGGAAGGGACCCAGAGGGUCAUCUCGUUGCAUCUCCUGUAAUGCAAGAAUCACUGCUAGUCUGAGUUUUCCAACAUGCGCCUUCACUGGGUGACCACAGGCAUUAAUUAGUGUUAUAAACAGAGGGACAAAAAACACUCCCUAACCACUAGGAAACGGUGUUUGUCAUGCCCAUUCACCCAACGGAGUGGUAUAACAAUAAAUAAAAGUGGUGGCUGCAGCAAUACAGCGGAAUUAAUAACACUGGAAAACAAGAAACACAUUGAUUUCUGCAGCAAAUUGGCAGUCAAAUGGCCGUGCCGCUCUGUCUAGGGAGUUUUCCUUCCAAGUCAGUUGGGAAGACUCUCUAGUGCAGGCUUCCUCAACCUCGGCCCUCCAGAUGUUUUUGGCCUACAACUCCCAUGAUCCCUAGCUAGCAGGACUAGUGGUAAGGGAUGCUGGGAAUUGUGGUUUCAAAACAUCUGGAGGGCCGAGAUUGAGGAGGCCUGCACUAGUGUCCAGGGAUAAUAUCCUAAAUUAAGGUAGCUGUAGAAGGCAGCAGCUGUUUAACUCACUACUAGUAGCAUGUUAGGGGCUGCAUCCUGCAGAACAGCCAAAUGUCACAUAAUCCCAGCCAAGAGACCUUCUAGCCUUCAGUAAACAGACACGGCUGUAAAAUUGGAGAUUAAUAGUAAUGAGGAGAGGGGAGGGAGGCAGCAGCCCAGUGAAUCCACAGCUAAGUCUGCAUUUGACUGCUCGUUGUCACCUGCCUGUCUCUGUCUUUCCCCCAGCUGAAGGUCAGGCACAUGCAUGCAUGGUUGUGUUACAAUGCCCCCUAAUGCAGGAUUAGUUCCCGGGUGGGGUGGGGUGUUUAGUGCUCGCUGUGAUGUCUGUAUUAAGCACAUGUCGGGAAAAUUGCAAUGUUGUUGGUGCAGCUUCCAUUCUCCAUCCUCUCGGGGACGAAUGCCAGCAGUGAGUCCCAAGUGCCACCGUGCGCCAGCUUGAAGUACAGCACCAUCUGCAGUUGGGCUGACGAGACGUGAAAUCUGAGCUUGCUCUUGCCCUGGCAGCUUGGUGAUUUGAAGGUUGACAUAAUUGGGAAGGGAAGGGAAGGGUGUCUCUGGCCUUUUUUCUUGUUUUAAUGGGCUCCACUGAGAGGCUAGAGCUCACACACAAGUGUCUGUGAAAACCUUGGCUUGGCAGCCCCGAAGACUUCUGGACUUUGAUGAGUGAAACUUAAUGAAGAGAUGGAUUGCCCUGUGCAGAAGGAGGGAUUAGAGAAAGGCAUUGUAAAUGAAGGGAUGGCUGCCAGAACGCCACACAGUGCAUCUGUGGAGUAGCCAUACUUUAAAACACAAUACUGUGUGCAUCUCUGCUCACCCUCCAAAUAAUAUUGAGAAUGGCGUGGGAGGAGUGGAUGGAAAUCUUUUUCUUCCCUCCUAAUCCUGGAACAGGGACACAGGUGGCGCUGUGGGUUAAACCACAGAGCCUAGGACUUGCCGAUCAGAAGGUCGGCGGUUCGAAUCCCCACGACGGGGUGAGCUCCCAUUGCUCAGUCCCUGCUCCUGCCCACCUAGCAGUUCGAAAGCACGUCAAAGUGCAAGUAGAUCAAUAGGUACCGCUCCAGCGGGAAGGCAAACGGCGUUUCUGUGCGCUGCUCUGGUUCGCCAGAAGCGGCUUAGUCAUGCUGGCCACAUGACCCAGAAGCUGUACGCCGGCUCCCUCGGUCAGUAAAGCGAGAUGAGCGCCGCAACCUCAGAGUCGGCCACGACUGGACCUAAUGGUCAUUACCUUUACCUUUAAUCCUGGAACAGCCUUCCCCAAGCUGGUGUCGUCCAGCUGUUUGGGGCUUUAGUUCCCAUUGAUCCCAGUCAGAACAUCCCAUGCUAUAGUAGAAAACAGCUGGAAGGCAAUGUAAGCUGCCCAUUAUGGGAAAUUGGAUCCGAGCAACAGAGCCCUCUCCCCUCCUGGGGUUUCUAGCAACUGACACUCAGAAGCAUUGCUGCCCCUCACAGUGAGGCUGAGCGCAGCCCUCUCCUCCUCCAUUAAUUUCUCUAACCCUCUCUUAAAGCUGUCCAAGUUGGUGGCCCACCCUGCCUCCUGCAGAGCAAGUGCCGUGGUUUAACAAUGUGCUCCUGUCUACUGAGAGAGGAGAGUCCCUCAAAGACCCCCUUGAUAAAAAAAAUCCCGAAGCUUAUCUGUUAGGGUUGGUGGGCAAAGACAUACCACAUAUGAAAAAAACAAUUUUUUAUAUGCAAUAACAGCUGCCAGGGUAGUAAUUGCCACUAAAUGGAAAUCUCAGGACAUACCAACAAAGAGUGGAUUUGUAAAUUAAGUACCGUAUUUUUCGCUCUAUAAGACGCACCAGACCACAAGACACACCUAGUUUUUGGAGGAGGACAACAAGAAAAAAAAUAUUCUGAAUCUCAGAAACCAGAACAGCAAGUGGUGAAAGCAGCAAUCCCUCUUGCUGUUCUGGCUUCUGGGAUAGCUGCGCAGCCUGCAUUCGCUCCAGAAGACGCGCACAGAUUUCCCCUUACUUUUUAGGAGUCUUAUAAAGCAAAAAAUAUGGUAUAUAGAAUUGGCAAAAUUAACUUCAAUUAUAAGAUACCACUCAAAUCAAAAGUUAAGAAAGAAGUAUUUCGAAGAUUAUAUGUCAAAAUAUUGUUCUAAAAAUAACAUGCUAAUAGGCUUAGAAUAAAAAAAGUAAGCAAUAACAAAACCAAUAAAGAAAGAAGGAAAAAUCAGAAUGUAACAAAAAUAAUUUAUUAUCAAAUGCAAUGAAAAAAGGUAGAAAGAAAUAUAAAGAAGUCGAAUUGCUGCGGAGGGAAGUAGAGGGUGGGUGGUGGGUUUUAUAAUGUAUAAUUAAGUAGCUGUUGUAAUUUAGAUUUUUUUUAUGUGAGGGAAUCAUUGGGAAUUCUGGUUAUUAUGUAUAUAUGCUAAGUUUCAAUAAAGAUCUUUCGGGGGGGAAAAACAAGUUAACCAAAGUUUUGCACUGUAAAAAAAAAAAGAGUGCAGAAUUAAUUCAUUGCGAAACGGCAGCCACUCACUUGGGUGGCUUUAAAAGCGGUCAGACAAAGAAGGGGAGAGGCCUGCCAUUGGCGAUUCGUGACUGACAAGGGAAAACACAGGUGACGCUGAGUAUCUGGAAGAGCAGGGGCUAGCUAGGAGCUGCCCUCCUUGUUUGCAUCAGGUUUCUCCAAGCUGCAUACCUCUUUGUGGCACUUCUGAAUGUCAGCUGACAUUGGCAAGCCGGGGAGGAAUCCCAGGCCAUGGUCUGAAGGCCGUUGAUGCCUCCAUGUUGCUGAAGCUAAGCGGCUCUGGAUGGCCACCUGUGCUGCUGCCCUGGGUUCCAUGAUGAAGGAAGGGAUUGUAUAAAUACAUACUAUUUUGGGGUUGGUGCAGUAGCUUUGACAGGAUGACAAGCAGUUGGAGGUACAUCUUUUCCUAUGUGACCCUCCCUUGUGGAUCUGCUUCCUGGCCAGGUGGAGGAGGAGCUUCAGGAGCAGGAAUUCCUCGACCGCUGUUUCCAGGAGAUGCUGGAUGAAGAGGACCAGGAUUGGUUCAUCCCGUCCCGUGACCUGCCCCAGGGCAUUGGGCAGCUUCAACAGCAGCUGAACGGGCUCUCGGUCAACGACAACACCCACAGCCACGUAUCGGAAGACAUUUUGGUAAGCCCUGGGACAGGGGCUGGAAGUUGGCAUGGGGACCUGGCUCUGUCGGUCGGUCACAGAUAAGGGGCAGGGAUGUGAAGCGGGAGAAAAAAGGUGGGCAGAGUCUUCCUCGGUGCUCCCACAUUUUAGAAUCCAUCCGCAAUCAGAGGGGCAGCAACUGCUAUCGAUAGCUGUCAUUUUAAAACUGUUUUUAUGGACAAUUUUAUGAGAAAAUCUGGCUGGAUUAGGCCAGGAAGAAGCUGAGAUAUCAAUACCUCAACAUGGGAGGCACGCAGGGAGGAGUAGGCAGGGAGGAAGGGGGUUAUCGAGAGGGCGUAGAAAUGAGGAACAGCCCAAGAGAUGAGAACUUCAGUAUUAGAAGAAAGGGCAGGGAAGGGGUGCAAGUACCAAGAGAAGAGCCCUUGUGCAAUGAUGGGGAAGGGAGCAGAAAUCCUGGUCUCUCUCCAGCUCCUACUUUGGAAGGUUACAGUGGGUUGGGGAGCCCUGCCAGGGUUUGUUGCACCACCAUGAUCUUGGAGUGGGGACCCCUACCUGUCCUCAUCCCCCAUGUGGUUGCCCUGGAGGCAGUGGGCUCCCUUGCUCUCAGGCACACUUUUCUGGCCCAGUGAAAAUCAAGGAGGUCCUGAAAUCCAGCCAUUUCCCCAACUGGUCUUCCCUGAGCUCCCUUGGGGCUUAGGUGCUCCUUCUCAUCCGCCUGUCCGUCUCUAUAAACUAGUAAUAAAUGACGCACCACACGGGGCCCAGUAUUCCGAGCCACUUUCCAAAGUAAAAUAUGUACUGGAUUGGAAUUGCCACCUCUUUUCUGGCUUAAGCGCAUUCUGCUUUUAUAAUUUUUCGGUCCGUUUGCCUCAUUUUGUUACGGCUCUUAACUUCAACAAAUAACAGUGAUCUAAACUUUUAAGUUAUGGAUCGUUUGAUGUGGGCAGGAAGAGGGUGGGCUCUCAGGAGAGGGGAAUGGCGGGAAAUGGGCCAUUUGCAUCCCUGAACGGAAGGACAGGUGGGUGAGAGGAGGGAAAGCCAGUUAAAAGCCGAGGAGCAACCUGGGGGGGGGGGGGUUCUUUCCUGCCUGCAACUAGCUGACCUCUCUUUCCCCCCUUCUCCCUUUCAGAGCAAAAGCACCUUAAACCCCGACGCCAAGGAGUUCGUCCCCGGAGUGAAGUACUGA